CGGAGCGAUCGUAGGUCGAUCACCCUUCUGAACGGCGAGGCGAAAAACGAAGGUAGGAAGGCGUCAGACGGGGUUGGAAAGGACGCCUUCGUUCUUUUUGCAGAUCCGCUGAUCCCAGGUCGCCCGAUCUCAUCAUUGUGGCUCAAUGGAGCAUGACUUCCCCUUCCCUUAUCACUCAGUCGUCCUCAAACCUUCUACCGAAGACGCCAGCAGCGACGCAAGGGACGGCGGCAGGCCGGCCAGCAAGGUGGUCUUGCUUCACGGCUUCAACCAGUGCAGUGAAUGCUGGACGAAGACAGCCGAGGCGCUCAGACAGCGGGGCCAUAUGGUGCUCCUGAUAGAUUUCUUGGGAUGGGGCUCAUCAGCCCGUGGCGCUACAUACAGGCGGUGCCGCCUGAGCACCGAUCUUUACGUGGAGCAAGUGCGGCACGCCGUUCUGAAGGUGGGAUGGGGCGAUGAGCUUCUCGUGAUGGCCGGCAUCUCCCUUGGAGGUGGGCAGGGCGGUGUGGCUGUCGAUAGUGUGGAAGGGCCAGCCAUUGUGUUGGUGUGCAUCAGGUGCUGUGGCUCUCAAGUACGUGCUCAAGUAUGAUCACGUGGCUGCCAUCAAUCUCAUGUAGGAGGAGAGGACAGCUAUCCAUCUCGAGUGUCCGUUCCAUCCUCUUUGCCGUCCCCGUGUGUGUGUGUGUGUGUGUAUGUGUGCCUGCAGUGCUGCUGCAGGCCGUCCCGAGCCCCACAGGACCACCCCGGCUCGAGUGAAGGGGAUCUUGUCGCCUUUCUUUGCCGCUUGGUACCUCACCAAGGACACAGUGGACCACCUGCUUGAGCCUGUGCACAUGCUGCUGCGGGCGACACGCGAGCCCCUCCUCUUUUUCCGCCGCGCUCAUCUCAUCAGCCAGACGCCUGACUAUCUGGUACCCGAGGAGGUUUUUGAUCUGCUGCCAGUGCGGGUGAAGAGGCUGGCGUACCUGUAUGCUGAAGAGGAUGCGUGGCACGGGCCCGACUCGUUCCUGUCCGGCUUUCAGCACCUGAGGCGACUGGGCCAUCCUGCAGCGGGCAAUCUCAUUGUCAAGGGCUUCAACCACAGGUCAGGGCAGGUGCAGCAUGCGGUGUGCGUAUGUUGCGUCCCUCUGUGUGUAUGCGUUCUUCAGUCACGUGUCUAUGUGUCUGAGCAUCGACGACUUACUGCUGCAUGAAGAGCCCAUCUGGCACCUGCCCACAGAUGACGACAUCGAGCGAGACAGACAGGAGCAGCCAAGCACAGUGUCCCACCACCCGUCGAGUGACGUAUUGGGUGACGUGGUCUCGCCCGUCGGGCUUCGGUCACGGCUCUAGCUAGCUGAUUGCUUGUGUAUGUGUACUACAUAUAUAUGUGUGUCGUUCUCGACCGACGAUCGAUUCGUUGUUAAUUGGUGUUUUUUUGAGAGAAACUCCGACUCAGUCUUGGCACGUGACUGACAUUGAUUAUGAUGAAGCUCGCUCUUCUCGUCAGUGUGUGCCUGGCUGGCAGCUGCGGUGUGCUGUGCUCGCCGGUCAAGGACAGGGACAAAGUGGUGCCAGCGACAGACAAUGCCUUCUACCUGACGGGUCGGUGCAUCAACCAUGAACCAAUCUGGCAGCAUUUGAUUGAUUCACGUGUCUGUCUGUCUGUCUGUCUGUCUGUGGGCCAGGAUCGAAGGGUGACCCGGACAUCGGCACACUGACCUUCAACCUGAAGAUCGAACCGGAGAACCGCAAGCCGUCCGAAGCAGGUCAGACAGACAGACAAACAAACAACCAGUUACUCUCUUGUUUGAUGCUGAUGGCUCGAUGUUUGUCCAGGUUGGCAUCGUGAGAGCCGUCUGCGUCGCCUCGCCCGCCGUGCCGCCACCAAACUCUCAUCCGUGGGAGCCAAGAUCAGAUCACUCAAAGACGACAUUCAGUGAGUGAUCGCCAAUAUGAAGCAGGAGAGUGGAUGCGUUGCAGCGGUCCACUGUUUGUUUGCUUGGUGCAUCAGGUUGUAUGGUGGCCAGCCCUAUGUGAAGCGAUAGCUGGGUGUGAGAUGUCUCAGGAACUGUCACAACUUCUACAACCAGCCAUUGCCGCGAGCGCUCCCAUUUGGUGUGGCAAACACACACUCUCACUCUCACUUAAUCCGCCCCAGCCAGAGACACCGUGUGUGCGUCUCACUCAUGCAGGCUUUCGCGAGAAGCUCCCUGCCAGCCCGACAGCAGCUAUCAACAAAGGCACAUGCAAGAGACAGGAUCACUCUCGCCGCUUUCAUCCUUUCAUGUCUCUGUUUGAUUGAUAUGAAAGGGGCUGGUCAGAUGAAGAGGGCCCUUUCGAACAUCGUGUCGGCCGAGGAGACCAUGAGCGAGAGCCAGGAUGGCGAUGAUGCGGACGCAGCAGCACACCGGCAGUCGCAGCUCAAACGCGUCACACAGGACAUGCAGCCGAAACAAGAGACUGAUGACUG